UUUUUUUUUUGUCCACCAGACAGCUCGUUUCCUACAUACGUACGUACGGUUGUCUACCGUCGAGGGUUUUUGUGUAACGGGCCGUGUUUUUAAAAAGCAUCGCGUUGACGCUUUCUUUUAUCUGCUCUCGACAUUAUUGUUGUAAUUUGCGUCGGCCGAACUCACGCGUCGGAGGGGUGCGAGAGGACGACACCGAGCUCGAGAACAUCGCGUAGAGGAGGGGACGAAGACACGGAGGGGGUGUUCUCUCAAAAUAUACUAUCCCUUUAAAACAAGGAGGACACGGCGGUGGGGGAGAGAUAGCGGGGCAGAGAAGACGGGAUAAAAAAAGAAAAGGAAGAAAGAGCGAGGGUGGGAGGGUGAGAGUAUUGCAGGGGAAAAAAAGAAAAAUGUCAUCCUCUCGAUUGAAAUGCCGAGGCGGAGCCAUGGACAACGACCGGUAAAGUGCACGCUAGACGGGAAUGGGAUUUAACGCAACGCCGAGGCUCGAAUCGACGCUGCUCGGGGCCUGGAUGGAGAAUAUUAUAAUAAAAAUGAUAGCAUUCAUUUGAUCUACGCCAUGAGGUCGCUAAUAGCAAUCAAACAAUAAAAUGCCAUUUGUUUUGAAAAUGAUAUUAUUUUGCAUGAAAAAUGUGUUGUUUCACAUGGCGGUGUCAUUAACGAGAAAGCAUUACACGCAGUAAAACAAAUGUUAUGCAUCCUAAAGCAUGAUGAGCCACCGGUAUAUGACAAUGGGGCGUUGCAUCCGCUUGUUAUUUUGAGAGAUUGACAGCUGUAAAUUUACAUCAUCAUAAAUAAUCGAGAGUGUCAGUGCUCUCUUUUAAUAUUUAGGACUUAAAUUGCAUAUUACCGUUUCAGUGUACUUUUUAGAUUUUAGUGGUGGCGUCGUUUUGCAUGUAGUGGCUUGUCAUCAAUAAAAAGCACGGAACAAAGUCGUUAUAUAAAUACUUAACACUUAAACAUACAGAAAGAACCUUGUCAAGGAAAAAAAACUAGUUUAGUCCAGACGGCAGCUGGCCAGUUUCACACCUCAAGAUGGAUGCAGCUUGGAGCAACUUCCUCUUUCAGACUCCGCCUUCACAGUCCCAAACUGAUGCGAUCCUCCAAUCAGAUCUUUUGCCGGAGCUCACGGAUGCCGCUCAGGACCCGCCUCCUGAAGACAUACCCCCGCCUCCAUCAACGGUGGACACGGCAGCGCUGAGCGAGGAGCCUCUACUGGUGAAACCAGUUACUCGACCAGCCCGACCCGCACACAUCUGCUCCAUAUGUAACAAGCAGUUUAAGAACAGCUAUAACCUGCGGCGUCACCAGUCGGUCCACACCGGCGUGAAGAUGAAGGACAGGGCUGCCAGAGAGAAAUUUGAUGGAGGGAAGGCUGGAGCACGUGCGGAGAGACAGACCAUCCCGCUUUCCCUUCUUCAUCUGUCCAUACCUGCCUCUAUACCUACAGCAGUCGACCCCAUGGCCCAUCCUUCCCCUAUUGGAAAUCAGCAGACAGUUUCUGUCUCUAUUACCCCAGCAACGGUUGCCAUGACGGUCACCCAACCCCUCCCUACUGCAGUGGUGGUUACUGGGACAAUGGUGCAGGCUGCACCAAAUAGCAAUGCAGACGACAACUUCAAUAAUCCCACCCCGAUCCAAAUAUCUAUCCCCAUAACAAAUCCUCUGCCAGUAAACGCAACUCCCAAUCCUAAUCCCAACCCAAACCCCAAUCCGGUAAGGAAGAACCAUGCUUGUGAGGCUUGUGGAAAGGCGUUCAGGGACGUGUACCAUCUGAACCGGCAUCGACUGUCCCAUUCCGAUGAGAAGCCGUACUCCUGUCCGAUCUGUCAGCAGAGGUUUAAGAGAAAGGAUCGCAUGAGUUAUCAUGUCAGGUCACAUCAGGGAGGGGUAGAGAAACCAUACGUGUGUCCUCAUUGUGCCAAGGGGUUCUCUCGGCCAGACCAUCUUAACAGUCAUGUGCGACAGGUGCACUCCACAGAAAGACCCUUCAAAUGUCCGACGUGCGAAUCUGCGUUCGCUACCAAGGACCGGUUACGAGCUCACAUGGUCAGACACGAGGACAAGGUUCCCUGCCACAUAUGUGGCAAACUUCUCUCCCCUGCUUACAUCACUGAUCACAUGAGGGUCCAUAACCAGUCACAGCAUCAUGUCUGCCACAUUUGCAACCGCAGUUUCACCACGCUGACGUACCUGCGUGUCCACGCUCAGAAGCACCACGGGCAAGAGUGGAAGGACGGUGGGGUCGGCCGUGGAUCCGGUCCAGGGGGGGUGCUAUUGUGCCAGUUGUGCGGGGUGCACUGUAAGACGCCCACACAGCUGCAGGGCCACAUGGCCACACAUGCCAACCAGACAGACCCCAAUGUUCCCUGCCCCAUCAGCAGCAGUUCAAUUGCAACUGUGGCUGCAACGACUUCUGUUUCCAACCCUCCAGUCACGGUUGGCCUGCUGGUGACUGACUGCUCCAGUAUCGCUCCUCAGAGCCACAGCUAGCCAACAGCACACCACAAAGUGGGAGGGGUGGGGUUGGAUGAAAUGGGGAUUAAUAGAGACUAUUGUACGAGAGGAUUGGUCUAACCUGGACAGGUGAGGAACGAAGUAAACUAGGCAGAGCUGAUAUAUUGAACAUUCACAAAGUUGUGAUUCAGAGAUCAUUGUGUAUAUCACAUUUUAAUGUGAUGUAACGUGUGCCUAAAAUUUUGCCUAAAAGAGUUUUUUUUACAUCGUCUCUUGGCAAAAAAAUUACUUUUAAAGAUCAGUUCAUUUUUGUGAAUCAAUUCAAAUCUCAGUUUGUGUUGUCAUUCAAAGUUUACAUGGAAUUCCCUUCAUGGCAUUUAACAUGCUUGAAAAUGUUUAAAAACAAAAUAUAUCACUGUUCAUAACUAUGUUGUGUGCAUGUAAAGGAAUAAGGUAUAUUAAUAUAUGCAGAUAUUUGUUUUAACCAUAACACCCAGACAUUUAUCUCAUGUUUUUUAACGUAGCCUCCUCUUAUCCCGUGUUUUGUGUAAUUUGUUUAUUAAUGGAGGUAUUUCCAUAGAGGAGGAGCCAUUGUGAAUGCAAAUCAACAUUACCAAUCCAACCUCACUGUAUUCCCACUCCAGGCUGCCAUGGAAAUGCCAAAAAAAAUUGCCCAACCCCUUCCAUCUUCCUGACACUGUGCUAGAACUAAUGACUUUCUUCAAAAGUGUGACAUAUCCUCAAGAAACAUCAUCUUGCUUCAAAUUCAUUUUUAUGCACAGACAGACCGACAAAGAAGAAAACUCUUUGUUUCUAUGACGAUCUGCUGGAUGAAUGGUUUGGGUGUCAGUCAUUUCCCCAUGGAGAGAUCACUCUGGUUUUAAAUGUUGGCUGUCCCAGUUCAUUAUGAAAAUAUUCCACAUAGGAAUGUAGACAAGUAAGAAGAAUUGACACGUUAUGCCUCCUAACCAUUUCCUUAUAUUAGCUCACAUUAACUUAUGGUCUUGAAAAUGAAGAAGCAACAUUUUAUAAAUGAAUAUACUCUGUUGUAAGAGAUCAUUCCAUUAUAAAUGAUCUUUACAUGAAUUGACCACUAUACAGAACGUCCGAGGGGAUCAAAUAUGGUGCCAUUCCUCUCUUUACUCCAUGCAAAGGGAUGUAAGGAUUUCAAACGUAACAUGGCAAAAUAUUUAUAUUUGUAAUGUAUGUGGUAUAUGUGAAAGCUGCAAAAGCACAUUGUUUAAUGCCCUCUGAUAUUUUCACAGUUCUCAUUGAUCUUGAUUUAUCUACUAGCUUUUGUUUUCAAGUGAGGAUGUUAAUUGUAAAGUUAAUGAAGCUGCAUAGGAAUUUUCAAGUUCUGUUUGUGUUUAUGCUUGUUACGCCAAUAUGUGUUGGUGUCGCUGUACUCUUAUCCUAAUGAAUCUCUGUACAACGAUCUUGCACCUAAUUAUACUGCAUUUAACUAACUGCAGACUCUGUUCAUCUAUUGGGAUAUUCUUUAUUAUGUAUGUCUAGUUACCUGGUGCCUGGCACUUUUUAGGAAUAGGAAACUUUUUGGUAUCCAAUUGUUGUUCAUGAAGCAUAACAGAAAAAAAAACAUAUUUUGGUAGUGAAACGUAUUAUGUAAGAGAAACUGUUACAUACUUCAAAAUUAAUAUAAUUUAAAAAGUAGUUGUUUUUACCUUUUCCAUUCCAUUUUUCAUCUUCUUGUUAAAAAUCAUACCACAAUAUCAUUGUUUUGUUAAAAACAUUUCUAAUUAACUACUUUGACCUCAAAACAUCGUUUAGCUGGGUCCCCAUACAACUUUGUAACUGCAUGAUUUUAACCUGUUUUUUUAUAUACGGUAAAAAAUGAACAUUCCAUCAUUUAGACCCCUUUUAAAGCAUUUAAAGAAGCCAAGUAGGUUAUCUUUCUUAUUUAAUUUUCUGUUUCAAACCCUAAUAAACAGCUUAAAAAUAUUUUAAUUAUUUGCUGGAUCCGACAAUUAAAUAUUUGAUAUUUAAUUACCAUUUUUUAUAUUAAAAUGUAACCUCGACCUUUCUGUUUUAUUUGUAGUAAAACCAUGGGUCAAUUAAAAUGAUAUCUCUACAUUUGAUCCCACGCUAACACCAACCUAUCUGAAUGAAUAAUUUAGGCUAAUCUGCAACCUGUUACCUAUUAUGGCGUAUUAAUAGGCUAUUAUAAAGUUGAUAUUAAAUGAAUGUUUAUAAUUAAGCUGGAUACUUUAUGAUAAUAAAAAAUGUAUAUGGACCAUU